AUGUUUGAAGUCGAGUCGGACAAGGCUGUACUAAAAAAAAACAAUACCAAUUGGAGUACCAGUUACCGUCAUGAUCCGGCGCUAGUGGUGUGCUGCCUGGUCUUUGUAUCGAUAAAAGCCCCCAGCUUCCCCUCGUAUCUCACUUCACUUCCAUCAGUUUUAUACCCUUACGUUGUAUACCUAUCUAUAUUCGGUAGAUAUAUCAUCUAG